AUGGCUUCCUCACUCUCUGCAUUACCUAUCGCUGAUAAAAAAUUUCGCAAAAGGUGUUCACACUCUUCGUCUUCUCAUUUCGCUCUAAGAGCAAGAGCCGCUGCGAAAGAAGUCCACUUCAACCGUGAUGGCUCUGUCACCAAGAAUUUUCAGGCAGGUGCAGAUAUGGUAGCUAAGCUAUUAGGCGUUACAUUGGGUCCAAAGGGCCGAAAAGUAGUGUUGCAGAACAAGUAUGGACCUCCUAAGAUUGUCAAUGACGGGGAGUCGAAUAUGGAGAUCACUGGAAAUCCAUGCUUUACUACCAACCUCAAGCAUAGGACAUAUGAGCUGGUAGAGAAAGGAGUUUAG